AUGUCUGUCGAGACUUUCUUCAACAAGGACGGUGUCCAUCCUAUUGGCCCUUACUCUCAAGUCACCCGCGGUGGUGGUUUUGUCUUCCUCGCUGGCCAAGUCCCCACCGACAGUGCUGCUAAGCCUGUUGGAAACAACACCACCGAGAAGGCCCGUCGUAUGUGCCAGAACGCUCAGCUCAUGCUCGAGACCGCUGGCUCUAGCCUCGAUAAGGUUCUCAAGAUCACCAUCUACUUCUCCGAUAUUGAUCGCGACUUUGAGGCAGUUAACAAGGUCUUCGGCGAGUUCUUCACCUCGAAGCCCGCACGUACCUCUGUCCAGGUUGCGCGGCUCCCUCUCAACCUUGAGUUCGAGAUGGAUGUCACCGCUCUGGCUUAA